UAAAAAAAAGAUGUCGUAUAAAAGGAGAAAUAAAGUUGGUAGAAAUCCGUCAAGUGAAGACACGGCAAUAACUGCAGCGCACUAUUUGUCACCAACCGCUUCUUCAUCGUAUUACCAGUUAGCAAUCAUGGUUAACUAUAGUGUCGUGCUGCUGUUGGGUGUUGCGAGCAAAAGUGUAUCGUUAAUGCCUGGGUUGACUACUGGUAUACCGAUGUCUCCUGGGUAUGGCGGAUACCAAACCGCAACGCCUACUCUGCAACAACUUACACAACGACAAGUUACUACACCACUAAGGCACCGGAGUGUUACACCACAACUUACGCUGCCCCGAACUAUUACAACGACGCCCCGAAGUAUUACUUUGCCCCGAGUUGCAACACCACUGAGCCACCAGAGUACGACGCGACUAUGUGUGCUACCCCAUCCUACUAUACCGAUGCUGCUAAGUACUACUCUGUUCUCAACUACUUACUACACCGAUGCGCAUAAGUACUGCUCUGUUCCCAGCUACUACACCGAUGCUCCAGCUUAUUACUCACCAAAACGGUCGAAUACUACACUGAAGCGCUAAACUACUACUCUGCCUCGAUCUACACAACCACAACCGGCCAAGUAUUACGCAGCCCCGACUUACUACAUUGAAGCUAAGUUUCUUCGUACUACGUUGAACCGAACCAAACGUUUUCCGAUUCCGCUGGCUCGGGAAAAUUGUGGUGAUGCAAAGUAACAGAUUCUCUGUCAGGACGAUAUUGGAUGACGUUACGUAACAAAAGGUUCACAUCUGGACAAAUAUUAAAAUAAGAACUGUCUCUUUUGAGUAUUUAUGUAAUUAGCCACCUUUUAUUUCCACAAGCACGAUAAUACUAAUUAUUAUCAAUAUAUUUUUGUAUUAACCAACUUUUUCCCAAAAUAUAAAUGUCUUUUCCUUCA